ACGCCACUAUGCCCAGCUUGCAUGCCUGUGGGAUGUUUUGAGCAGCAUCCAUGUUGAUCUCCCUCCGACAUGCAGGGCAGCACGAGAAGAGUGGGUGCCAUGACAGAUGUCCAUCGGCGCUUCCUCCAGCUGCUGAUGACUCAUGGUGUGCUGGAGGAGUGGGAGGUUAAGCGCCUGCAGAACCACUGCUACAAGGUCCAUGACCGAAAUGCUACUGUAGAUAAGCUGGAGGACUUCAUCAACAAUAUCAACAGUGUCUUGGAGUCCUUGUAUAUUGAGAUAAAAAAAGGAGUCACGGAAGAUGACGGGAGACCCAUUUAUGCACUGGUGAAUCUUGCUACAACUUCAGUUUCCAAAAUGGCCACGGAUUUUGCUGAGAACGAGCUGGACCUGUUUAGAAAGGCUUUGGAACUGAUCGUUGACUCAGAAACUGGCUUUGCUUCUUCUACAAACAUUUUGAACCUGGUUGAUCAACUCAAAGGCAAAAAGAUGAGGAAGAAGGAAGCGGAGCAGGUGCUGCAGAAGUUCGUGCAGAGCAAGUGGCUGAUUGAGAAAGAAGGGGAGUUCACCUUGCAUGGCCGGGCCAUCUUGGAGAUGGAACAAUUCAUCCGAGAGACCUACCCGGAUGCUGUGAAGAUAUGCAACAUCUGCCACAGCCUCCUCAUCCAGGGUCAAAGCUGCGAGACGUGUGGUAUUAGGAUGCAUUUGCCUUGUGUGGCCAAGUACUUCCAGUCUACCUCUGAACCACGCUGCCCCCACUGUAAUGACUAUUGGCCCCAUGACAUACCAGAAGUCUUCGACCCUGAGAAGGAGAGGGAGGCUGGUGUCUCCAAGUCCAGCAGAAAGUCCUUGCGGACUCGUCAGCACUAGCUGCAUCCUGCAUGGCUCCGGCUGUUGGUGGGCUGACCCUCAUGGCCCAUUUAUCACAGGGGACUGGCCAUCCACAUGGCAUAUGAACUGCCUCCAUUGUUGACUUUGCUCUUAACACAUUUUUAGUAAAUGUUUCCUGAUGAUUGC